UGUGAAGGGACAGAGGGGAGAGUGGCAAGGGUGGCCUGUGGCAGGUGGAAGAGGAGGGAGACGAGUGGGAGCAGAGGUGCUCAGGACCAUGGCUGAGGCCAUCACCUAUGCAGACCUGCGGUUUGUGAAGGCUCCCCUGAAGAACAGCGUCUCCAGCCGGCUGGGACAGGACCCAGAGGCUGAUGAAGAUGGGGAACUCACCUAUGAGAAUGUUCAAGUGAUCCCAGGCCCAGCGGGGCGACCAAGCUUGGCUUCUGCUGGAUUAGGGGACAAAGCAGGGGCCCAGCCGGAGCAGCCAACUGCUGCCUGGAGCCCCGUGACAUCACCAGCCGCCGGGCGGAUUCUUCCCUGCCAUGCAGCCUGCAUGCAGCACCUCCUUCUGGGCCUCCUCCUCACCUGUCUGCUGUUAGGCACGGCUGCCAUCUGCCUGGGAGUGCACUAUCUGCAGGUGUCUCAGCAGCUCCAGCAGAUGAAUAGAGCUCUGGAAGCCACUAACAGCACCCUGAGGCAGCAGCUGCACCUAAAGAUAACCCAGCUGGAGCAGAGGGAAGAGGCUUUGCAGGGAUCCAGGAGGGAGCUGGCUGAGAGUCAGGAAACACUACAGGUGGAACAGAAGGUUGGCCAGGCUACCAAAGAGCAGUUGCAGGCCUGCCAGUCGGAAGGAGAGAAGACAAAAGAGGCACUGAGAAAUAAGGAGACACAGAGCAUGAACUUGGAGCAGAGGCUGAGCAGCGUGCAGGAUACACUGAAGCCCUUCUUCUCAUGCCUCUCACCAGAUUCCUGCUGUCCCUUGGGAUGGAUACUGAGUGAAAGGCGUUGCUUUUACAUCUCAGCUACUAAGAGAACUUGGGAGGAAAGCCAGCGCCAUUGCAAAUCUCUGUCCUCUGACCUGGCCAUAUUCAGCUACGUUACUCAUUCAUAUGGAGUUAGUCAUUCAUAUGGAACUUAUUAUGACAGAAACUUACAAAAGGUGUUGACACAAGGUGGUUCAGCUGAAUCAUACUGGAUUGGCCUCAGAAAUGAUAAAUACUGGCAGUGGAUUGAUGGUACAAAAUACCAACCACUCUCUGCCUUGGAGUCCAGACACCUGUCCCUGAACUAUCCCACACAUGGCUCUAGGACGGCAGGGUUUUAUAGUCGAAGCCAAAAAUGUGGCAAGGUAGAAAGUGAGCAGCGGAGUCUGAAAGCAGAAGACUGUCAUUCUUCUCUUCCCUCUAUCUGUGAGAUGAAAACUUUCAGGUAUCCGGAUGGCGACGGCUCUUUGCACUGAGCUGGCCUGCAGGUCCUAAGGUCCACCUCCCUCCAGUGGGUCCUCACUCUGCCUGGACUGUGCCUGGCCAAGGGCUGACCCAUGCCCAGCAUUUCUAGGCAACCCUGCUGCCUGCUGGAGAUCCUGGCCCAGAAACUGGACUGUUCCUGGGGGAAGAGUAAAGAAGCUACUAGAA